GAACCGGGCUCGCGGUAUAAAAACGCGCCGCUCUUCUACUAAGGCUGAGUACAACAACAACAACACGGGGGACACGGGCGGGAACUCGCUGCAGUUUUACAACCUAUACAAAGCCCACAAGACAGACGCAGACAUGCAGGCGACAAAGAGGGGGAUUUGCUGGAGACUUUGUCUAAUUUCCUGCCUCUUUUUGGAAAGUUCCUGCCAAGAGUUUGGUGCACAGACGCAGUUCAUCUGCACCUCUGUACCAAAGGAUAUGGACAUUUGUGCGGCCACCUUGCAGAACAGCGUGCCAGGAGAGGACCUGAAGACCACCGUGAUGCAGUUGCGGGAGACAGUUUUGCAGCAAAAAGAGACGAUUAUGAACCAAAAGGAAACCAUCAGAGAACUGACUUCAAAGUUGACUCGGUGCGAGAGCCAGAGCGGCGGCGUGGAGCCCGGGGACGCGCGGGCCGGGGGACGGAGGAAAGAAGCAGGGACCAAAAACACUAUGGGAGAUGUAUCGAGGGGCCCCGCGGACACUUUGACGCAACUCUCGCAGACUUUACAGUCACUGAAGCAGAGAUUAGAAAAUCUAGAGGUAGGCUGAAGACCUUUGGAACAAUUAAGAAGACUCUGCAUAAUUAUAAAGCUUCGUCCAAAAACAGACCACUUUUCUAACAGUCAAGUAACAAAACUAAAUCAUGACAACAAAAAGUCCGAUUCUAUCUGAUUAGUCCUUUAAAGUCAAAAUGUGUCACCAUUUGCGCACAAAUGAUGACAAGCAUCGGCAUACGUGGAUUAAAAUAAAACUUGCCCCGAGGAAAGAAGCUGCAGGUUAUAUCAUAAGCUUUGUAAAGAAAAAAAACGAUCUAAUUAAAAACAAAUCUUAAUUUGAGUUCAACAUUUCUUUCCUCCUUGACAGCAAUUUAGCCGGAGCAACAACUCAGUGCAGGCGAACAGCCUGAAAGACCUGCUCCAGAGUAAAAUCGACGACCUGGAGAAGCAGGUUUUGUCCCGUGUGAACAGCAUCGAAGAGGGAAAACCCGGGCUCCGGAACGAGACGGAGCAGCGUGGGAGAGUGGAGUCCACGCUCACGUCUCUGCACCAGAGGAUCACCGACCUUGAGAAAGGUACCUUCAUAGGAUGUAGGAGGACUUAGCGAAAAGAGAGAAAAGAAAAGGAAGCUGUGGGAGGCUUUGGAGGAUUGCGCAGCGAGUGCGCAAAAUAUGGGGAAAAAACAGCAUUAUAAGCUUUUAUGACCUCAACAGUCGAUUUAAUGUUUUACUCAUCCCCUCAAAGCCGCUGCAGUCCGGUAUUUGUUGGUUUCCUGCUCUAAUUCAUUAAGAUUAAACCUUAAAACACGCAGAGAAUCACCAAUCCCUGUGUUAUCUAUGGCAGCCAUUUGGUAAUGUAAAAACCGCGCUGCGCUCACAGUUUGGGACACUUUUAAUGCAAUACAUUAAAAAAAGUCCUAUAGUAGUAGAACAGAGGUGUGGUGGAGAAUGAAUACAUGAUGUGAAGGUUAACAACAGCAGCACUCCAGUGGGGAGAUUUAUUAUGCGGGAUUAGAGCAAAUCUGGAGCGUCACGAGUGUGGAUUUGUUGUGUAACGGUAUCAUUCCAUCGUAAAUCCCCAGGAUGUGUGAAUAUUUGCAGUAGUAUCUGUUUUUUAAAAAUGAAACACUGGUGCUGAUGUAGAAUUUUCUGUUUCCUCGCCACAGGUCAAAGAGAGAGCAGGCCCCUGGAUAAAUUCCAGCUUACGUUCCCACUGAGAACAAACUACAUGUACGCCAAAGUGAAGAAGAGUUUGCCGGAGAUGUACGCCCUCACCGUGUGCAUGUGGCUCAAAUCUAACGCCUCUCCUGGAGUUGGCACGCCUUUCUCAUACGCAGUUCCGGGUCAGGCCAACGAACUUGUCCUCAUAGAGUGGGGGAACAAUCCAAUGGAGAUCCUCAUAAAUGAUAAGGUAGGAAGGAGGAGCUCAAAUGUUGACCUGCUGUGAUUUGAGAGACUUUUGUCUAAAUUUUGAACUCAAAAUCUUUUCUCUAGGUUGCAAAGCUGCCUUUCCUCAUCAAUGACGGAAAGUGGCAUCACAUCUGCGUCACCUGGACCACAAGGGAUGGUGUUUGGGAAGCUUUCCAAGAUGGAGUCAGGAGGGGGAGCGGGGAGAAUCUCGCUCCUUAUCACCCAAUCAAACCACAGGGCCUGCUGAUACUUGGUCAAGAGCAGGUAAUUUGAAUUUACUCAACAAUAAUCAAUGAAUCAAUUAUUUGUUUGUUUAUGGUGAAGAAAAAUCUAAUUUUGUCCAAAUUUAUCUUCCUGUACUUACUUAAAAUUUUGAGAAAAAUUUGUGACAACCUCGACUGAGAUUUUCCAAAGGUGCUUUUUCACACAUGUCCCUUACGGCCUGGGUUUUUCCUGUUGCACAGAGGAGGGGUAGGGUCUCAGCAGGCAAGACCAUAGAUUAAAUGGAUUGUAGUCUCACAGUACAUUUACAUGCUCAGUUAGGUCGAGCUAUGGUCAUUAGGUCAUUUAACAGGAAUUUCCAUGUCCUAGUGCACAAGCCUGUACAACAGUAGGUGGUGACACACAGGGGGUAUGUCACGCUCACUACUGGGUAUUGGGUCAUCUCCCAGUUUACCAAACAUGUUUGCAAGAGGCUAAGCAGGUGUACAUUAAAUGAUGAUAACGCUGACACUUUUACAGCUCUGUACUGUUUUUUUUUUUCUUUUCUUUUGUCUGUGUAUGACAAGAAAGUUUAAUUUUAUUUCAUGCCCUACUAAUGUCUGCCGAGAUUUUGCUGUUACCUGGCUUUAGAUUUCAGUCAGGGUUAUGAGCUUUUUUAUCUUUUCUGGGGGGUUUUUUCUCGAACUUUAGUUUCAGUCAGAUUAAGGGAAAUAAUGAAAAACAGAAACGUACAGUAGAAGUACUGUCAGUGACACCAUCCAUUGGUUUCUUAAGUAGUUUUGAAGCUAACCAAUGACAGCCACCAUAUUAUACAAUGCUUACCCUAGCUCACUUUGGACCUAGUAAGAAGCAGAGAGGCAGAGUUAGGGUGGGUUUUAAGCCUACUUGCCAACAACUACAGUGUUCCUGUCUGUCAGUCAGAUAAGCCAAGUAAUUCCAAAAAAUGCAACCUUAGCAUCUACAAAACACAUUAGUUGUAAAAAGGUUCCUCCCCGUACAGUUUGAGCAGAUGAAUGGGUGUGUAUGUGGCUUUUAGUGUUUAAGCAGCCACCCUCUGGACACCCGAGGAAUUGCAUUUCACUUGUGCUUCAGUAACACUUUUCUUAGGAGGUUGUUGCUUAGAAAGACAUUAAGUAAUAAGGACGCUAGGUAAAUCUGAUGGCAAUGUUGACUAACAACUGUAAGUUGGUGGGUGAAGUAAAGUUCAACCCUGUAUUAAACAGUUAUAUUUCUUUUUUUAUCAAUGUUUCUUGUAGUUUGUGUACUCAUAGUGUGAACAAAUGUGAGUAAGGUACAUGCUUUAGUGCAAAAAUGAGUGCAGAGCAAUUUCAUUACUUCAAGAUUGUACUAAUAGCAUGGAUUAACCCUACUGAGUUGCCCACUGUGAACGUCUCUGACAUUUCCCUGCCACAUCUUUUUCAUACAUCUGCUCACUCUGACUACUUCCUGAAAUUUAAGUGGGGGCCUGAGGUAAAAGUCCACAGAACAACAGAUUAUUUGAAUUGAUAAAUGCAACUCCAUCCAAAAUUUUCAGGACAUUUCCCCUUUAAAGGUGCAUCGAAAAAGUAAAGUGUCAGAAAAACCUUUUAAUGAUCUGAAACCUCUCUCAGACUCGUAGAUUUACAGCCUUUGACCAGUUGGGUGUUAAAUAGUAGGGUGAAGAGAGAAGCAGACAAUAAGAUAUUGAGCUGAGAUUUACAUAUAACUUUGAUCAAAAUUGUGUCUAACUUCAUUCACCAGUACAGCAUGGUGAGGCAGAAAAUAAAUUCAGAUUUUUCAUUGUCUUGCUAAUAAAUAUGACAAGUGGAAUUCAUGGGGCUAAAAUGAGCUAACAAGGUAAAAAGGUAAUUUUGCCAUUUCAUUUUAACAUUAUGACAUGAUAUUAGAUUUCAAUUUCCACAAGCAUCAGCACUGAAAUUCUCAUAAUGGGUUUCAAAAGGUAAUUUGAUUUUUCCCAGCCAACUAAAAUGUGUGUCUGUCAGCCAAUCCCAAAAUCCAGAGAGACAUUUUCUUAGGUUCAUAAAGCAGCCAGAGAAGAAGACAAUAAUCAUAUCAUCUUUGAUUAAAUCUAUUUGUCUCCACCACAGGACACGCUGGGAGGAGGGUUCGACGCCACACAAGCAUUUGUAGGAGACCUUGCAAACUUCCACAUCUGGGACCGUAAACUAUCUGUGGGGGAGAUUUACAAUCUAGCAACUUGCAGUAGCAAAGCACAAGUGGGGAACGUUUUUGCCUGGAUGGAGACGAGCCUCGACAUUUACGGAGGAGCCUCCAAGUGGACAUUUGAAGCUUGUCGCCAGCUCAACUGAACCUUCAGCCAGAGAACAUUAACAUGUUCAAGCCACUUGUUUGUCUCAGCAUUGGUAAACUCAACGAGAGAUCAGGAUUUUUCUGGAUUUGUUAUAGAUAUUUGAAAUCGUCAUUUGUUGACACUUGAUAGAUUUGUACCAGAUUCUUAUGUGGGGGUGAAGGUCACGUGAAACAGACACUAUGGUGUCCUGUGGUGCUCUCAGGCUGCUCGUGGUUUGGUCUGAAAAAGCAGCUGAUGUCGCUUCUGAGAGCAAAAGACGCCCUAGGAGACCAAAAAGACAAGUCGGAGUCCGAAAUCAAGUGGGGAAGUCAUGUAGAUUUUAGCAAACCAGAUGUCACAAAGUUGAAAAACAACUCCAAACACCUUUUUUUUUGUCUCGAUUGCCAGGGAUUUUCACUGUGAAAUGUGGGCCAAGGUGGACUUCUUCAAAAGGAAUGAGUUCUUCAAGACGUCCAAAAGAUAGACGACAUAGUUUCUCUCUCACUCUUCUCUCCCAGCCACCACCCGCUUGAUGUGAUUUUGUGUAAAAGAAUGAUGUAUUUAUUGCCAACAUUGGAGCCUGAGUGCCUUGGGCUGUUGAAAAAAAAAUCUCAGCACAUUCAUUUUGAUUUGCAGAGUGUUGGUGUUUAUUUUCCUGUAAAUUACUUUGAAAAAGAGACUCUGAACGAAGCUUGAUCAGAUCGUCUGUUGUGAAAUGCAAUUCAUUGAUGAAUAUGACGCAUUUUGCAGAUGUUUCAAAGGGAAUGUUCUCUGUACAGUAACAGCAUGUCUUAACUUCUGUAAAUGCUGCGUCAGCAUCUUUGAUCUUUGCUUUUACUUUCCUACUUCUGGGUUGAGAUUUUAUACUGUAUUGUUAUAUGCUUAAAGCAUGGCAAAAAUGACAGAUGAAAAAAGUUCUAGUUUUUGUAAUAAAUUGUGAUAAUUGAAUCAUAUACGAGUGUAAAAUUACUUCAGAAAUUAAAAAAAAUACAAACUUUUGAUGAUACAAGUUAAAGAAAAUCUCAGAGGGAAACAAUGUAGGUUGUGAUAGUCAACAACAAAACUCUUCACUCUUUCAUACUGAACUGUAAUAGUUUUGCUAAUACAAUUAACAUUUAUUACAAACAAGAGCUCACAGGAAAAUCGUUUCACAAUUUACUGGGUACGAUUGCCCAGUUUUACAAUUUCACUUGAAGUUGAUUAUCGUCUACCACCUCUAACUGACUAACAGUUCUCUUGCUCACUUAAAACUCUUAUCAGCAAUUUUAAUCAGCAGAAAUUUGCUUUUACCAUCAAAAAAGUGGCAUCUGUCCAUCGUACCUGAACUGCCAAGUACCCUGUGACUAGCAGAUAAAUAUUGUUGCAUAUUUAGACCCUUUAAAGCUGGAUAUGUUGAACCACAGAAGGUGGAGACUAAAGCAGGGGUAAAAGUCUUUCUUUCACUCACCACUAUGACUGAAAAAUCCACUUGACUGUUUUUUUCUAAAAGCAGCAAAAGGCAACUUUACAUCAUGGGUUCAUAAAACUCUACAAACUCAUGCAAGGUAGUUUAUAGUGUCCUAUGUGGCUAAGAAUUGAUAAGCUAGCAAACAAUAAGCUAAUCCACAUGAUUCAAACAGGCAUACAUCUCACUAACCUAGAAUUAUAAUUUUAUUUGCAAAACAUUCCUGUUGCUAUCAAGAUUAAUGUCAACAAUGUUUAAGACUUUUGUUUAUCGAUAUUCUUGUGCUUCAUUUAACAGCACAAGUACGCCUAGGACUGGGCAAAAAGCUCCUGUGGGAAGUUCUUAGCUAGCAAUGACAUAAAUGUGGCCCACAAAAGUAAACAACAACAAAAAAAAAAAAGACCACCAGCAACAAGGUUGAUUAUUAACAUACACUGAUUUUCAAUUCCCACAAAGGCUGUUGCUGGGUGGGUGUCAGGUGAGAAUACAGUAGCGCAGGGCCACACACAACAUCGGAUGAGAGUGAUACUUUUUACACUGUUCUUGGCAAAGAUUCACAGUGAAUGAUACUGACUUUUAAGAUAGCAAUUUGUUAUUUACAUCUAAAUACACUACCUUUGUGUCUAAUAGAUACCACUUUGAGCUCUGGGGCAGCAAAAGUAACUUGAACUCCAACUGAAAUUAUUUCGGGUUUUUUAUGGAGGCUUUUCCACCUUAACUAGAUAAAACAGGAAAAGACAGACAGGAAAGCAAGAAAGAGAGGAGAAAGGAAGAAACAUGGUCAGGAGCUGAAUCAGCAAUGAGUCCCAUAGCCUGGCACAUGAGCUGCACAGUUUAACAGCCAAGCCCAACCAGAACUUCAGCUUUCAACAGAUUUAACCAGUAUUUUUCUGUCCAUGUGAAAUUUAUUUAUCCAAUACAAUACAACACAAUAUAAUACUACUAUUUACAGAAGAAUUGAAAAACUCUGAUGGUUGUUGGUACGAAAGAUCUUCUGGAUCCCUCCGUCUUGCAGUGAGGAGAGAGGAGCCAUCCACCACUACUGAUUUUAUGGUCUAUCAAGGUGUUAUGUUGACGUUAGAGUCAGAGGACACACCCACUUCCACUGCUAUAUCCUAGCAACAGUAUUAUGGGGAACAUCACAUGGAACUUCAGCGGUCGCCUCAUGAGGGAUAUAUACAAGUAUUGUCAUGAUAUGACUGAGCUCUCUUGGAACACCAUCUCUGGUUGACAAAUAAAGCCAGACCCUCUCCUUUUUUUCUUGCUACAAGCUUUAGCAUUUCUGUCUUAUCUCAUCUUGGUAUCAGAAUUUCAACAUGUAAUUAUCUAUUCUAUAUCUCUACAAGUAUAUAUUCAAAGUAUAUAUUUUGUAUAUGUAUAUAAUCUGUAUCUUCCAGUCUUCUUCCAUCAUCCAGAGGUCACACUUCUCAUCUAAAGAUUGUUCACCCCUCUGACUUAUCUCUGUAGUUUCUCUGUUAAUGAAUCAGAGCUGACUGCUCACAUUAGAGGAGGGUCUGCCCUUGAUUGUUAGCGAGGUCAUACAGUUCCACCACAGACGGGUCAUGUGUCCCACAAAUUGGUUUCCACUGUCUACCUCUAAGGUAGGGGGGUACAUCUCCACAUCAAUAGGGUUUUCCCCAGACACCAGACCAGCUUUAGCUCCUACCUAUCACACAACCAUUACAGCAGGCUAGUAUGACACAUCUAUGGUGCAAAUUCUGUCUGUAGAACAAAAGCAACACACAAACACAGUUUAAUCACUUCCUGAGUGGCCGCUAGAGGAUAAGGAAGAAAUUGAUUUCCUCAACACAUCCACCUGGCCCUGUUGACCCCCAGAUAUGUGAGAUUCAGGGUCUUUUUUCCUCUUGACCUAAAUUUUGCCCCAGAUCUUGUCAGGUAUAUUCUCAGCUCAGCUAGAUAAUAGCUGGCCCAUUGACCUCUUCUGGGCUUUCCCCAUUCCUAAUUGGUUUGUGUCAGUGUGCGCUCCGUUCCGAAUUAGCUCAGAGGAAAGGUGAGGUGGCAAAGGAUUUUUAGUCUGGCACACCUGUCUCUUUUUUCUCACUCUAGUCUUCUGAGCAGAAAUGAAAAUGUAUUCACAGCAGCCUAUUCUUCAUGAAGACUACCCUACAAAAACGUCCUUGAAAUGACAUGAAGGGCAUGCAGACAGAAAUGAGCUGUUUUAAUGAAGUGACAGUGUGGAUAACAAGCUAUCUUGUCACUCAGUGGAUAUUUCAAUUGCUGUUUGUCAAAUCAUCAUGCUGCUUAAAAUCCAAUCCCUGGAAUAGGACCUGGAAAAAGUCUCAGUAAAGUCAUGCUUUGGGCUCAAUAAAGGCCAACAACGGUCACCAUAUCUGAAACAAGACUCUUUUGGAGUCAGGUUUUAGUGCACACUCAGUUUUUCACCCCGUGUUCUGGCUUAGCUAUCCAGCAAGUGAAGUUACUGCUUGAAUCAAACAGCUAGAUCACCUAUAUUUCAUUACAAUAAUUUCACUUUGGUCCAUCUGAUAGUCAACAGCCAAUUCGCUCACAAUUCAUUUUAAUAUAAAGCCUUAAUCCACAAGCUAAUGCUACUGGCAUGAAUAAAAAAUCUCCACCAAUAAACAAACAUUACCUAGUCAAUUUAAGUUGAGUAGAAAGGAGUUGACUGAUCAUUUUAAACCAAAUUAGAAUCAAAUGGCAACUUCUCUCCCACCUUUUGUUGCUCCUGAUCUGAUUAAGUGCCUUAGGUGAUGAGGUUUGAGGUUGAGCUGGGGCAGAAUACAAGUCUAACAACAAAAACAACCUGAGGUGGUAGUCAGAAAGAAAUAACAUCAGUGAAUGGUUGUGGUCUCCUACCCUAAUCUUAGCUUGAGGCUAGCAGCUCAUGGCAAUGUUGGCCUCUUUCAACAUGAAAAACCUGAACCUCUGGUGGCCAAGCAGCAUUGUGGGUAUAGUUGGUUUUGAUAAAGAGGGAGAGUAAGUUGAAUAAAAAUGUUUGCACAGAGGCCCAGCUGAAUGUUUUCUACUCAAAGGUCUGAUUGAGGGUUUUCAUGAGUGUAUGAUUAGAAAAAAUUGCUGCUUGAUACUACAUUAGCUUCCACUAGCACAUCUGAACCACUGAACAAACCAGUGAUGGUUAAAUUGCAUUGAGGGUUCCCUGGAUUUAGAUUAGAUUAGAUUAGAUAAAAUACAACUUUAUUUAUCCUUUUGGGAAUAUUUCCUAAAGGAAAUUAAAAUUCCAGCAGCAUAUUUACAGAAGAAAAAAAAAAUCAAAUACAAGAUACAUAAACAUUAUAAAGGCUCUAUUUUCAUGUCCACCGGUGAGGUGGCGGAGGGUGGCGGACCCCGAGCAGUGAAAUUUUCAUCUGGCGGAGUCUGGGGUACAGCCAGUUUGGUAUUUCCGUGGACUGAGGCGCACCAAGGUCCGCCAAGCUGGGCGUGGUGGCGAGGCAGGGGGAGGUGUCAACAGAAUCGGCUGCCGCAGUGACAUUUUCGUGCUUGCUGGUGGCGUAUAAAGUGUGCUGAAAGCUCGCCGAUUCAAACCUGGUCAGCUUUCAGCGCAGCUGGUCUGGUAGUAUUUUGGUAGACCGGCGGCGUAUCGGCAUAUGUCACUGAUGCCUCACCGGCAGGUUUCCACAGUGUCAGGCACAUUUCAGUGCAAUAAAUAAUCAACAACAACUAAUAUUCUGAGUCAGCACAUACAUUUAGAUCUAUGUAGAUAUAUUCUGAUCUAUAUCUGAUCUGGCGAGCGCGUUUGGCACGCGUUUGGACACACAACCUGACCAAAUCAAUUUAAAGGCGAGGAGAGGAGCUGAUACAGGUCUUGGCUGUGUUAAACCCACUCCACGCCCUCUCUCCUCCCUGGCUACGACUUACGCCGCUGGGAGGAGCUGAGUUAGGGAGGGGGGAUACUUACGCCAGGCUGCGCCGCUCACCAAAAUACCAAAUUGUGCUUGGGAACGCCUUGUCGGCGCGCAUGCGCCGCGUCGCCAGCGUGGCACGAAAAUAGAGCCCUAAAUAUACAAUAGAGAUUCAAGAAAAAUUAUGUAUUUACAUUUAAAAGUAAGAUUUUAAGUCAACAUUUGCACAUUAUGUUAUAACAACUAGUUCAACUACUGCUGUUGCACCUUCCCAUUAUCCUUUAUCCUUCAACAAGGAUAAAUAAUCAAGGAUCAAUAUUUAUAUACUUGUUUUUUUCUGUCAUUUUUAGACUUCUAUUAAAGCUCCUGUAUGGUAAUUUCAAUUUAUUUCAAUUUGUGGUCAAACCAGUCUUUGCUUAUUUUAUCCUCUCCAAGCUAAAGUAGUGUAUCCUAACAAAUAACAAAUAAUUUGGGGCUUAAAUGUAUCAUUUAAAGUAAAUAUUGUAUGUGGCCAUUGAGAAAAAGAGGGCAUGUCCUAUUUAUCUGAUACCUGUCCCUUCCUACCAGUUUCAGAUAUUAAAGUUUACCAUAUGAAGAUGUCAGUCUUGUCACUAGUGGUCUGGUUUGCUUUUUUAUGUCAUGAAGUUGCAUUGGUAUACAUUACAGUCUGUUUUAUAAAUGUCAAAAAACUCCUCACAAGGGCUUUAAAAUGUCCAAAACUGCCCAACAGCAGUGUGAACUUAAGCAGUGGAGAGUCAGUCUGAUAGGAAAAGUCAAGUAAAGGUUUAUUCAGUUUAUUUUAACUGCUCUCACUUUUGAAAGGGCAAAUCUGGCCCAGCAGAUGUAAAGUUUCUAAGACCAUACCUACUGUAUUAAAACGCUACUGUAGCAGCAGGACAGUAGAAUUUAUCCCCCAUUCGAAGACUGCCUACUGGGCUUUUUAAGCCAAACACAUGAAAUAUCUCAUCAAGAGGCUGAUGAAAAAUUCAUGAUAAGAGAAUAGAAAAAUAAACAACAUCUCCAUGUGGGUGGGAGAGAAAUUUAGCUCUCCCAGUGAUGCUGCAUUAGAGUCAGUUUUUGCUGAAAAAUGCAAUAAGGGUGACACAGGAAAUCUGAUGAUUAAUGUUGCACAAAGAAAUGCAUUCUUAAUGGAAAAGAGAUUAUCUACAGAAAAAGAAAACAGAUAUUUCAGGGUUUGAUUGUGUUGUACCAGGAAAUCAUCAGAAUCCUUUUAUUGGAUCUUGUGGUACUCACUGCACAAAAGGCUGUUGUGUUCUUAUUCAGGUUUUUUUUUUUUUUUUUUUAAAGCAUUAGCUCAGUGUUUUUGGCUUGCAGGGUAUAACAGAAUAUACAUGAGGCACACAACACUCCAUACUUGUCCCUAAUCUCAGAGCUACUUUUGCAGCUGUCAGGGUGCUGCUCAACCCGCCAUACCACGGAAUGAAUAAUUGAUUUCCUUCUGACUGGGAAAUUCACCCUUCCAGAGUAUCACCCAACACCCGUCAGUCCAAAUAUAUCAAGAAAAAGGUCCUUCCUCAGGGGAAAUGCAAACACAGAAUCAUGCAGUCUUUUCUUUAAUGCCUAUUUAAAGUGUUUGCCAGAUGAGAGGGGGUUUAAUUACUUCUCAGGGGGAGAGAUUAUUUUUGAUGGUUUUUAGAUGAAAAGAACUACAGAAAAGAGUCUGGAGGUUUUCCCCCCUUGUUUAUAUAUUUUAAACCCUCAAGGUACAUUUGGAAUACUUUCUGAAUCGGACACUGAAAAAUGGUCUCACUCACAAUUACAGACAGAGAUGAUGUAGACCUAAGUGCAGGCAAAGGCUCUCUGCAAACAAACUUGAAUUUGUAGUUCUCACAUAAUUUACAUAUUAAUAUACUGUAUGUACAGGGAGUAAAAAAAAAAAUGGAUAAGAUACACCUAGAACCCCCCAACCAGGCCACACAGGCCAUAUGCACACAUGUACAUACAUGCACAAGGGACUAGGGAACUAAAAAAUAAAAAAAAGUUUUUGACAUCUUUGAGGCAGACAGAAUAAAAUGGACCCAAAUACUGAGACUGUAUUUGGAGUGAGAAUAUAAUAGGGUAGCAUGAGGAAAAGUAGGGUAAGUUAGGGUAAGGCAGGAUAGAGUAGGGUCGGGUGGGGUAGAGUAGGUUACAGUAGGGUAGGGCAAGGUGGAGUAGGUUGGAGUAAGGAAAGGGCAGGGUAGAGUAGGUUAGGGUAAGGAAAGGGAAGUGCAGAGUUGGGUAGGGAAAUAGGAAAGAUAAGGACAAGAUAGGAAGAAACAUCGGUAUGGCAUUAAAUAGAAAGGAGAGGAAAGGAUUAGGUAAGACAGGGCGGUAUGGGAUAGAAUACACAAGGGUGGGUAAAAUGGGUUUGAAUGAGAUGGGAUUGGAGGGAAUUUGCUGAAUUUGAACAGAGGGAUGAGAUAUGUUGUAAUAAAAAGGGACAAGAUGGAAUGGGAAGGGAUAUAGGGAUGGGUAUGAUACAUGGGUAGUAUGGACCAGGAAAUUAUAUGAUCAGAUUCAAUAGAAAGGACUGUUGGGAUGGAUUUACACUGAACAGGACAAAAUAAAAUAGAAUGAAUUAGUAAAGAACAAGAAAUUAUUGUGUAGGACUGGAUAGGGUGAGAAAGAAUGGUACAAAAUGUAAAUUGGUUGGAUAUUAAAGGGUUAGAUAGAAUAGGGAAGGAUAGGAUAGGGUAGGACAGGAUAGGAUAAGAAAGGACUUGUUACGACUAUAUGCUUCUUGUUGGUUCUUCUUCCCUUUUGUCUUCUUAGCUCUUCCCACUUAAUAUCACUAAUUGACAAUCAGCCUCGACUGGUCUUAAGGGUUUAACACCCAGGAGCUACCUGCAUUAGGGAAAGGCAUUUGGAGGGAAACUGUCCUGCUGCCUCUCAUUUGGGGGAUCCUUGUGUUUUGGUUGUUUGUGUUUUCGCUGACGUCUUGAUUUAUUCUUUAGUUAAUCUUUGGUAAUUAAAGACGUGUUGUGAACAAGUCAGUUGUUUGAAUGGCUCUUUGAAGUGAACGAUGAGAACCAGUUCACAGAUAAAUUCCAUCUCUAUUGGUAAUUAUUUAGUUCUAUGUUGUUAUCUUUUUAUAAAACCCUUUUUAAACUUUUUAAGGUAUUUUCCUGUUACUUUUAAUGGGUCAAUGUGUGAAUAGUUGUUAGCCCAAUAGGGCUGCCUUUGGGUGGGUCCUACAGACUCCAGAGAUAAGUUGAUGAUACAACAAGCAUACCUAACAAGCAUAAAAGAGAAAAGGAGGCUGUAGGAUCAGCAGUUGUUUUGUAGGCUGUAGGCAUUUACUUUCACAAAUAAUCACUGCUGUUGUGUGGUGUUAAUAAUUGAUUAGAAGAGUGGCAAAACUGAGGAUGUUGAUUAGCGUGUAAGGUCAAUAAAUGAGGGCAUGCAGGCCUUAUGAUGAAGGUAGAGGUAUUUUAUUGUUGUUACUGCUGAAUUCAAAUUCUUUAUUUUUAAAAAGGGACAGUGUACAUUGAUCAACGUUUCCUUGCAGAAAGUAAAUGUACCCGAGUUUAGACGAAAGGCUAAUUUUCAUCGGCAGUCCCUUCGCCAGAUGUUAAUAGGCUCACACACACACAAAAAAAGGAGAAAAUAAAAUAAAUAAUAAUAAUAAUAAUAAAAAUAAUGAUAUUAAUAACCAAAAAUACAAAAUAGGCAUAAACAGAAAUACAGUAGGCAUUACAUAUCCCCACGAAGACAGAUACAGUACAAGUUUUAGAAAAAUAAAAUAGAAUAAAAUAAAACACAAAUGAAAAUACAGUAUAAUCAUUGCGGUUUUAAAUUACAUUUAAUCCCUGAUGCAGGUAAAAUUAUGGUUAAAAUUAGUGGGAGGAGUACUACUGUUAAUAGUGCUCACAUCUUUGGGACUCAACAAGCCAAUCCUUUGCAUUGAUUUUGAAUGAGUGAUAUGAUGGAGAUUCUCUGACUGAUUGUUGUACUGUAUUCCAUUGGUUUGAUGCUCUGAAUGAGAGUACAGCCUGGCUGAAUGUGGUUUUCCUGAGUGGGAUUGUGCAAUCUUUUUUAGUUGCACCUCUGGUGGCUCUGGUAGCAGAGGAUUUAAAUGUUAUGAAACCAGAUAGUGGAGGAGGAGCUGAACCAUGCAUGAUCUUGUAUACUAGACAGAUAUUUUUGUAUAUGAUGCGAUUUUGCCAACUCAGCAGUUUAUAUUUCUUCAGAAUAUGACAAUGAUGGUGUCUGAAAGGUUUUUUAUCCAGUGUUUUAAGUGCUUGUUUGUAUAAUGAUUCCAGUGGUGUCAUUGCUGUGGAGUGUGCAUUGGACCAACUUAUCAGACAGUAUGUGAUGUGAGAGAUGACCAUAGAGAAGAAGUAUAUCUUGGCUGCUUUGACUGAUAGGGACUCUCUGAUGAAUCUAAAAUUUGACAGACUGAACUUUACCUUACUGCAGACUUUCUUUAUGUGAGUUUUGAAAAUGAGAUUUGAGUCAAUGUGCAGUCCUAGAUAUUUAAAUUCUGUAACAGCCUGUAGCCUCUCACUAGAGACAAGAAUGCCUGUAUUUAUGUUUGAGAUCAUUCUUGAGAAGAACAUACACACCGUUUUUGUCAGAUUUAACUUUAAGCAGCAUUGACUCAGCCAGGAUGUAAUUCUCACCAUUGCAUAAGUCAGCUUGGUCACAACCUCCCCUGCCGUCUUCCCAUGAGCUAAUAUUACCAUGUCAGCGGCGUAAAUUAAGGUGUCACAUGACUCACACACAGAAGGGCGAUCAUUAAUGUACAUGCUGAAUAGGAGUGGGCCUAGUACUGAGCCUUGCGGAACACCAGUUGAUAACUGUAAAGGGGUGUUCAGACCAAACGCGACCUCGGCGACGUCAGCAACGGCUCUUAAUGAAAAGUCUAUGGACAGUCGCGACCUGACGCGACUUGGCGACCGCCGGCUGCCUGCGACGCGACCUGAUGCGACUUGGCGACCAGGUCGCGCAUGGUCGCCGAGGUCGCGUCGCCGAGGUUGCGCCGCCGAGGUCGCGUCGCCGAGGUCGCAGGACGCCAAGUCGCCUCGCUCCCAAAGUUGAAAUAUUUGAACUUUGGGAGCGACUAUCCGCGACUCCGUGCCGCGACAGCCAAUCAGGGCUCUGCUGACGUCAACAAACCGGCGAAGCAAGGAGGAGGAGAAGAAGAAUCACAAUGGAGGAGCAGUUUAUCACUGCCGUGAGUUAUCACCCGGUCCUGUACGACGUGGGGUGCGCGUUUUACCGGGACCGCACCUCCAAGGAGGAGGCAUGGGCGAAGGUGGCCCAUGAUUUCAGGCUUUCUGGUCGUUUGUUUAUUUAUUUCAGUGAGCAGACUAUUUUCUGAAAACAUAGCAAACUUCCCCUGCUUGCUAGGCUACAUGUUUCAACGUGUGUGUGUGUGUGUUGUGUGUGUGUGUGUGUGUGUGUGUGUGUGUGUGUGUGUGUGUGUGUGUGGCGCAAGCGCUGGAAGGGGCUGCGGGAUGUAUAUAUGAGGGAGAAAAGGAGGGAGAAGGAAGGUGGGAGAAGCGGGUCAGCGGCGACCAGCCGCGUCCUGCGACCACAGCAUUGGACCCGUUGUGAACACACCAGGGCGCCACGCGACGUGACCGACCAAUGCGACGCGACCUGGACGUGUUUGGUCUGAACACGGCUUAAGACAUUUGAAUUAUGAUUAUUAUUUCUAACCAACUGGGAGUGAGAUGAGAGGUAUGAUUGUAUCAAGUUAAGACAGUUUGCGGAGAGAUUGAAGUUCAGGAGUUUCUUUGAUAAUAUUGAGUGAUUAAUGGUAUCAAAUGCUUUCUGAAGGUCAAGGAAGACAGCCCCCACUGCCCCCCCCCCCGUUCCAUGGAUGACUUGAUUUGCAAGGAAAGGAUCCCCACCUUUAAAAACAGGAACAACAACAGCAAAUUUCCAUGAUUCUGGAAAUCUCCCCUGGUUUUGUGAAGCGUUAAUAAUGUGUGUUAAUGGAUCGGCUAUUGACUGACUGACUUCUUUGAGUAUGAAUGUGUCCAUCCCAUAAACAUCCUUUGCUCUGGAUGUCUUGAGAGAUGUUAUCACUUUUGUGACAUCAGUUGUAGACACAGGUUUAAGACCAAACAGUGGCCCAUUGGUGCUAGCUGUGGCAGUACUGUUAUCGCACACAAUUGGCUCUAUUUUCGUGUACGCCGGUAAGGUGACGGAGGGUGGCGGACCCCGCGCAGUUGUAUUUUUGUCUGGCGGAGCCCGGCUUACAGCCAGUUUGGUAUUUUCCUGGACUGAGGUGCACGGAGGCGAACUGAGAUCCGCCAAGCUGGGUGUGGCAGGGGGAGGUGUCGACAGAAUCAGCGGGCGCAGUGACAUCGUACGCGCCAGUGGCGUGUAAAGUGCACUGAAAGCUCGCCGAUUCAAACCUGGUCAGCUUUCAGCGCAAGCGAAACGCAGCUGGUCUAAAGGGAAUUUUGGUAGACUGGCGGCGUAUCAGCAUACGUCACAGAUGCCUCACCGACAACUAUUAAUCUGAGUCAGCACAUACAUUUAGAUCUAUAUAGAUAUAUUCUGAUCUAGAUCUGAUCUGAUGAGCACGUUUGGCACGCGUUUGGACACACAACCUGACCAAAUCAACACAGCUGAAACCGCAUUAAAUUAAAUUAAAUAUCUAGUAAAUAAACACACAUGAUGAAGUUAACAAGAUAUGUGAUUCGUCUCCCUCCUUUUCUUUCUUCCUCUUAUUUCUCACGCAGUUCGACCUGGACAUGUCUCCGUGUCCUCUCUCCGUCCUGCAGCGGCUGAACAGAUGAUUUGUUUCAGUGCUCAGAUGAGUUAUUUACUUUAAGCCUACAUGCGGAUAUUAUAAUAUUCAGUUUUGUGAGCCAAAUUUAUUUUUUUUAUGCCAACAUCUAUGAAAGAAAGAGCCAGGCCACGGAGCGCAAAUAUAUGCAACUUUAUAUGAGUGUCUUUAUUUGUGGAAAAGGGUGUUUGUCUUACCAGUGGGUCCAACAUUACACACACCAAAUCCAUCUGUGCUCAGAUGAGAGAGUGUGGAGGACGCCCAAUGCAGUGCUUACAGUGACACUUGUUGAGAAACUGCCUUCUGUCGCCAUCGUGUGGCAUUACUGUCUUCAGACAUCUCUUGAGCUCUUUGACUACUUCAUGAAAAUUGUAAUACGCCUUGCCGGUGGCGGAUUUAAAGGCAAGGAGAGGAGCUUAUGUGAUUGGUGAAAACAGGUCUGGGCUGUGUUGAACCCACUCCACACCCUCUCUCCUCCCUCGCUACGACUUACGCCGCUGGGAGGAGCUGAGUUAGGGAGGGGGGAUACUUACGCUGGGCUGCGCCGCUCACCGAAAUACCAAAUUGUGCUUGGGAACGCCUUGUCGGCGCGGCGGACCUGACUUACGCCGCGCCCUUGGCACUAUUCCGGCGAGGCACGAAAAUAGAGCCCAUUAUGUUGAACUGUGAACCUCCGAGCUCUGUCAGCAACCGACUUGACAAAGUAUUGGUUAAGUGUCUGAGCCACAUCAGUUGGGUUUUGUAGGAUUGUACCAUUAACUUUUAAUUCAAUAUUUUUCAUAGAAGUAUGAUAUUGACCAGUUGGUUUAUUGAUUUGGGUCCAGAUACUUUUCGAGUUGCCGUGGCAGUUUUAAAUAAUGGAGAUGAAGAAAUCCGCUUUUGCUUUUCUCAUUUGCCUAGUCACUCUGUUCCUCUGCAUGGCAAAUUUCUGCCUCUCAUGGCUCAGUUUAGUUUUUGUGGCUACUUUUAAGGCAUUAUCUCUGUCCUUCAUGAGUUUUAUAAUAUUGAUUGAGUUUUAUAAUAUUGACUGAUUCUUGCUUUUGCGUUUAGUUCUGACAGAGAAUUCCUUGAUUUUGCUUUGUAUGUUCUCUGUAAAGUUCUUACUAAUCAUUUCCACAUCAUUGUCUGAAAGUAGAGUGUCCCAGUUCAACUUUGUUAUGGCUGAUUUGAAAGCUUCCUGUUUUUUUCUUGGGAUACCAGUGAAGUAUUUGUUACCAGAAUGUGUAGCAAAUUGCCUGUUAGUUAAUUUCCUGGAUAUAAGUACAAAAUUAUGAUCUGACAGCCCAGUUAUCAUAUUGUAUGAUUUUGUAAUUCUUUCAGGCCUGUUGGUAAAGAUCAGAUCAAUUUGAGUACUGGUAGUGGAUGUAAUCCGUGUAGGACCCUUUACCAUUUGGACCAUGUUAAAACCAUCAGUUAUCUGCUUCAGCUUUUUCCUUGAAGUUUUAUCUUCUCAGUUUAGGUUUGAGUCGCCCAUUAUAAUGACCUCCUUCUUGAAAUCACAAUGGCGUAGUAUUUCCUUAAACUUAUCAAAGAAGCUAAUGUUGGAGGAUGGUGGACGGUACAUGACUAUAAGUGUAAACGACAUCUAAGGUGCAAGAAUCAUGUUAAGGCCUUUACAUUCCAGAUCAUUCGGACCCUGCCAUUCAAUCUCAUGGUACUGAAUGGUGUCUCUUACAUAGACCAGGACCCCACCACCUUUCACCUCAGCUCUGUCUCUCCUAAACACCACAUAACCUGGAAUUUCAGCAGAGGGAGAGUUUUUAUGAAGCCAAGUUUCUGACAAACAAACAAAAUCUAGAUUUGACUCUGUCAAAAGGUGAUUGAUCUGUUUACUUUUUGAUCUUAAACUGCGUAUAUUAAGGUGACCACCUAAUAUACUCUUUGGUUUUGCUUUCGAGUCCCAGAUUGAUCUGGAGUUGUUGACCGUCUGAAAGACUUGCCUUGUCCGAUUCAUGUGGAUAGCUCUGUUGAUUGCCCCGCACUUAUUUUUGUUGUGUGAGUGUGUGUACAUACUAUUCAUCCUGUUCAGCGGUGGCCUGGAUGCUGCUGUUGUCGUUGUUGUUGUUGUUGUUGAUGCGGCUGGUGGUGGUUGAGGCCCAGCUGGCUGUGGUUGGAGCCCGGCUGGCGGUGGUUGAGGCCUGGCCAUCAGCGGUAUCGAAUGGGAUUGUCACGGGAUGAAGGCUUUGCAGGAGUGUAGAGUAAGUUCAAUGUUUGUUGAUAACAGACGAGAUCAAUGUAGUUUGGAUGGAGGCAGUCGUGCUUAAAUAGAUCAGGUCUUUUAAUGAAGGUGGUGAAAUUGUCCACAUAAGGGAUGUGUCUGUUACAGCAGUGGUUCUUGAGCCAGAUGUGUAGUUGUCUGAGACGACUAUUUUUCACAUCUCCAAAGCGGGGGGAUGGUAUUGGGCCUGAGAUGAUGCACUGUUUGUUUGAGUUUAAAACACUGUCAAUGAGGGAGAUAAAGUCCACUUUCAGUUUCUCAGACAGCUCCAGCUUUAAGUCAUUUGAGCCUGCAUGUAUUACUACUGUGAAAACAGAUGGGCUGUGACGUAGGUGACGUAAGACGGACAUCACUAACGAGUGCACCUGAGUGACAUGAAGUGCGGCAUUUGUUAAUGCGGACAUGACGGACCAUAGACGACUCAACAACCAGCACUGGGUCGGUGGAGUCAUUGACCUCAGCAGCUUUGGUAGCUUUUGUCGCUGGAUGCCCUCUGACAGAGAAGCGAGGCGGAAGACCUGAGCGCUGCUCAGCUAGCUUCUCAGGGCGGCCGUCGGAGGAGGAGCGAGGCGGGGGAGCAGAGCGCUGAUGAGCAGCUGGUGAAGGUGGUUUCAACGGAGAGGUGGUUGGGAUAGGAGGGAGACGGGUCCUACCAGGCGCUGGUGUAAAGCACGGUAUGGAGCGACACUGUUGAACUGGUGGAGACCUGCGAGACCCAUGGGAUAAACGGGACGGCGGAGGAGCAGCCAGGGGAGGGAAAUCACUCAUGCUGAGGACGUCAAAAGUAUUCUGAAGAGGGAGACUGAAGUCAGGAUGUGCAUGAGAGGAACUCUUCCCUCUCCUGCUGUGGGGACCAACCAACGACCAUGGUUCAGAUGGAGUUGAGCUGACCAGACCCUAGGGCUUAGCCCCGAACCGAGCCCAGGAGUCAUCGGAGAUGGGGAGUGGAGGAGGAGCGGGACGGUGAGUGGUGACAGGCUCAGGAGGAGAGGCUGAUUCUCCGGCGGGAUAAUGAGCGGUGACAGCAGGUUCUGGAGUAGAGGUGGACACAGCAGCAGCAGUGGGUUCAGGCUCCAGACCACUACUUGUGUCAGAUUGCACCGGUUUGAAGACGAUGGUAUCUAGAUGUUUCUCAGAUUCCUGGAUCUUGUAGAGAGAGGAGAUUCUUCCUUCCAGCACCAGGAUCUUUUCAGCCAGGCUGGCACAGCUGACACAGCCAGAUGGAGAGGUGAGUGGAGGCAUGUUGUGGGUGAGGUGGCUAGGGGAGAAUGCAGAGACAGAGGAGGCCAGUAUGGGGCUAACAGGGUGCUAGUGUUAGCCUGAUGAUAGCAGUGACAGUUGCUAGCUGGGGCGUCACAGGUACUCACAGGCGGGGGCUCAGUCCAGAGCCCACAACGUUAAUAUGGUGUUAACAGGUGGACCUUAUGAGAGGCAGCAAAACUUACCCACACGGGUCCAACAAGUGGACCCUCUGCGGUGAUCAGGCUUCAGUUUGCAAGUGGUGGGUAGAUUUGCACCAGUGUCACGUUAACAUCCAAGGCUAAGAACAACCGCUUAUGCUAGCACAGUAUAUUUAAUAUAUAAUGAUGUAAUAUAUUUAAGGGUGAAAGGCUGGAAAAAUAGAAAAAAAAAUAGGCAAAUUGCUAGUGAGCUACUGGAGCUCUGCAGAAGAAAAGCCCUUGAAAAUGACACAGAUGACGUGAUUUUGGCUAAAACUUCAUUACUUACUUCAUAAUCACAAAUUAAAGACCACGAUAACACUUUAAGUGAAAAUAAAAAAUGAUCAGAGUGGGAUUUUAAGAGAAGACAGCUAUAAAGGUGGGUUGGAAAAUGUCUAGUAUUGCAUGGUUGAAUUUAACAGGACACAAGGGCAUAAGGAUGGGAAAAUCUGUGGGUGUGCAGUGGAGGAAACAGGGAGACAGGCUGUAAAAGAGGUGUUUUAACGGUUCUCAGACCAACAUGGAAUCAGUGACCAACACACAGGUAUAUGCUUCACCUAGUUGAAUUACUCUAAAAAGAAUUGGUAAACACCACCUGUUUCCCUGUCUACCACUUUUAUACCCAAACAAAACACUGCAAUAGUGCAACGGACCACUGAGAAGAAACACAGGGGAAGUAUAAAGAUGUGUGGUCUCAGUUUACAGAUUAAUGGUGCAUUCCGGCACAUCCUGGCAGUCCUCCAUCAUUUGGCCCAGUGCCUGCUCUUGGCAGCUCAUUACUUUUACCGACCACUACACACUCAUGAGUUGGGGUUUGCAUGAAUCCUCACUAAAGGUCAGAUUGAAGUUUGGAUUAAGGGGGAGGGAUAGUUGAAGGGCAGCCUUAGCCUGCUGCAUCUGUUGUGGGCCUGGCUCGGGUAAUGCAAAAAGAUUGAACUUUCAAAUACAAGUAACUUUUAAGACUUUGAAUCAUUAGAUAAGGUUUAAUCUCUUUACAUUACUUUACAACACAUCAAAAUAGACUCUGUUUAUAAAACACAUGAUCAACACAGCAGUCAAACAGAUGUUCUUCAGUUUACGGAUCCAUCAAAACCCCUGCAUCAACAAUUUUCCACACCACACUCCCAACUAUCACCAUGAUCAUGGUGACAUUGAUACAUUGAUCAUCACACUAGAUGUAGCUGAACUCAAAGCUCAGAGGUCUUAACAACAAAAUAAAACCAACAUUAAAAGCGUGAAUUUUGUUCACCAACUGCUUCAGAUACCAGUGACCUGUAUAUUUGAUCAUUAGUUUAAAAGACCUUUUAAUUCAAGAAAACAAAAAAAAAAAAAUCAAAUUUUUAACUUCUCUUACAAAUUUUCCAUAUAAUUUCUUAAGGAGUACAAAGUGAGGGUACCUUUUUUGUUUCUUUUUCUGUUUAUGCCCUGACACUAUGAAACUCACUGCAAAUCGAUUUUUAGAGUUGCAAACUCUGCUUGUAUCCUUGAAAUGAAAUUUAAAAUGAGUCUGUUGUUUCUCCUCUUUUAAAUUGAAGUACUGUUAUGACCUUUGCUUUUUUUUUUUUUUCCCAAGUGGUUGGUUCCCCGGCAUUUACUUUGACUUAUGAAGUACUUAAGAGAUUUUUGUUGAGGACUCCUGUCAUUUUCAUGUUUAAAUUGUUAGAUUUUUGUUCAAAAGUAAAGUGUGUCUGUUGCUGUAAUAAGUUUUUACCUCUUUUCUUGAAUGUAAGGCUCUUUUUGGCAGCAGCUUUGUUUGAAUGAGGAAAACAUGUUUCAUUUACACAUGAAAAUGAAAAGUAACUGCAAACAGAUUUAAAAUCAAUUGAAAAAAAAAAAACCCUAACAGACAAAUCUUAUUUUCACAAGAUCAAAGAGAUAUUCCGGCGUAAAUUUAAGUUAAAGUCAAACACAUCGUAACACCGAGUUAGACAACCCCUCGAGAGAUGAAUGUUGCCGACCGCUUGCUUCUCUAGUUAUACCAACUUUAGCAAUGACCGCACACAAUACACAGCAGUCUGAGGAGCCAUAAACAAGCCAAAACGCCACUCUAUAGCCACAAAUAAUGCUCAGAACAGCACCUGACUUUAUCAACAGUACAUAUAGGGUCCCAGCCAUAGCACUAGCCAUCAAACAUCUUUUUAACUUUGCCUAAUUUCUUUAGCAAAGAGACUAAACACUACUCUCCUCCAGCAGCUACUUGUUUGUAGGGGAGCCCUGACGAGUCAAUCACUGAGUGCAAUGGAGUUUCACAGCUCAAGAAAGAACAUUUACGAUUAUUACUUUAUGGAAAUACAAUCAGAGUUCUUGUGUAUCUUGUAUGUGCACUGCAGACGCAGUAGUUCUUCUGCCUUAGCCCCUUGGUCUGAUUGCAUUUCCAUGAAGAAUUAUCAUAAAUUUUUCCACUGCACUUGGUGAGGUUUGAGUCAUAGGGCUCUAUUUUCAUGUCCGCUGGUGAGGCGGCGGUGAGGUGGCGGACCCCGCACAGUGAAAUUUUCAUCUGGCGGAGCCUGGCGUACAGCCAGUUAGGUAUUUCCGUGGACUGAGGCGCACCAAGGUCCGCCAAGCUGGGCGUGGUGGCGUGGCAGAGGGAGGUGUCGACAGAAUCAGAAGGCGCAGUGACAUUUUCCUGCUCAACGGUGGCGUAUAAAGUGCUCUAAAAGCUCGCCGAUUCAAACCUGGUCAGCUUUCAGCACAGGCGGAGCGCAGCUGGUUUAGUGGUAUUUUGGUAGACCGGCGGCGUAUCAGCAUAUGUCACCGAUGCCUCACCGGUGGGUUUCCACAGUGUCAGGCACACUUCAAUGCAAUAAAUAAUCAUCAGCAACUAAUAUUCUGAGUCAGCACAUACAUUUAGAUCUAUAUUGAUAUAUUAUGACCUAUAUCUGAUCUGAUGAGCACGUUUGGCACGCGUUUGGACACACAACAUGACCAAAUCAACACAGCUGAAACCGCAUUAAAUUAAAUUAAAUAUCUAGUAAAUAGACACACGUGAUGAAGUUAACAAGAUGUGUAAUUCGUCUCCCUCCUUUUUUUUCUUCCUCUUCCUCUUAUUUCUCGCGCAGCUCGACCUGGACAUGUCGGCCAGUGAAAGCGAACAGUGUGAAGGAUGUCCUCUGCAGUGUUUACAGCGACACUUGUUGAGGAGCUGCCUUCUGUCACCAUCGUGUGGCAUUAAUGUCUUCAGACAUCUCUUGAUCUCUUUGACUACUUCACUAAAAUUGGAAUACGCCUUGUCGGUGGCGGAUUUAAAGGCGAGGAGAGGAGCUGAUGUUAUUGGUCAAUACAGGUAUCGGCUGUGUUAAACUCACUCCACGCCCUCUCUCCUCCCUCGCUAUGACUUACGCUGCUAGGAGGAGCUGAGUUAGGGAGGGGAGGAUACUUACCCCAGGCUGCGCUGCUCACCAAAAUACCAAAUUGUGCUUGGGAACGCCUUGUAGGCACGGCGAACCUGACUUACACUGCAUAUCAGGGAUAGAAAACCGCUACAAUCCCCCCAAGUUCAAAAAAAUUCCAUCCAGUCGUUUUUUUAGUUAUCUCUGUAUUUAGGAAUUGUGUGCUCAGAGCAGGCCGUUCUGAAAACUCCACUGACAUGACGUCAUGUCAGUGCUGGCAUGUUGAUGGUACUGCCCAUGGAGCCGCCCACUGCCCUGUCCCAAAAAUGAUCAAAACAGCGCCAUUAUUCCCGGCCGCUCGCUCACAUUGCUCCGGUUAGAACCAUGGCGAAAGUACGAUCUGAAAAAGAGGCAGCGUUUGCUCUGUUGUUGGCUGCACAAACGAGCACAAAACUCUUUUGAAAACUCCCUCGUCUGAGGAUUUGAGGACUCAAUGGGUGGAUUUUAUUUAUAAUGGGAAUGUACCCGCGGCACUUCCAAAAUAUCUGAACGUAUGUGCGCACCAUUUCACUUCGGACUGUUUUAUCAACGAGGGACAUUUCGACGCUGGAUUUGCUAGAUGUCUGAAGAUAAAGAAUGGAUCCGUACCAACUAUCCGUGAUCCUACUACAAACGUGGCAUCUGUAAGUAUGAACGUUUUAUUUUGACUUACUGUUUAGCCUAAAUUCCCCCCGGUGCCUCAGCACAGCCACCACGCUUUGAUAAACACACCGGAUCCGCGCCGGUUUACCGGAUCUUCCUGUAUUUUAGCCGCUCGCUUCUUCCCCGAGGGGGACAAAAUCCCCCUCCGGAGCAGCAUGUAGCUUUAGCAUAUACCAGUGCGGCGACGCGCCUCUUUUGGCUCAAAUACGGGACGUCCCGGCUAAUGCUGGACGGUCGGCCAUCCUAUUAAUUAGCAAAGGCUUCAGAGAAGUUUUAGAGCACCAAGAUCUUACAUUGUAGCAGAGCUCUGGUUGUAAUUUUUUCUACAUUCAUAUCUUCCUCCUUAAGCGUGACCCUCCUGGCGGCUUUGAAUAAUACAUAGGAUGUGUCGACUAGGUCGCUUCAAAUCGCGUUUGGUCUGAACGCGGCUAAGAGUUUCUUCCGGAGCCUCUCCCUCUGGGUCAGACUCUGGCUCAAACUGGUAAGGUUGUACGAGUGAUCUUCUUGCAGCCAUGACCGAGCCAGUGUAAACAUUAGCACAUGGCUAUCUGAGCACAGCCACAGCCCCUUUCAGAGAGAUGGGUGUAAAGUGGACGUGGCUUAGGUGCAGCUCAUUUCAUUAAAGAGACAUGGCCCAAAACAGAGGAUUUUGAGUGGAGCUGUUUUUAGCUGAAAAAAAGAGCACUAAAAUAAUUGAUCCAAAUCGAAUUUUGACCGAAAGACGUCACAGACAUGCUUUUAACACACCAGGGGACUAUUUUAAGUUGUGUGAAAUUGGCAUGCCAUGGGACCUUUAAUUAUGUAACUAUCAUUUAGAAUUUCAACCAAAUCUAUUUGGCAGAUUAAUUUGAGAUAUUUCCCUCCAAAAAACGCCCAACAUUCUCCACCUGCAAUUACCACCAGGAUGCUAACAUCAAUAAUAUCCUCCAUAAUGCUGCCAUGACAUGACUGCUGCAUAAUUCUUUCACUUCUCCAUCAUUAAUCUCCUCCUGUUCCUCUCCCCUCUGCCGAAAAAAGCUCCCUCUUUCCAUCUCUCUCUCUCUCUCUCUCUCCCUCUCUGCGGCUCACACGCUACCUCUUUGGCAGGCUGCCAUGGCCGAGCUUUAUCCAUGGGCGUCUUGUGACAGAAGCCGGCACAACAGGAAUAUAUUUUAUGAAGACGCCACAAUCCCUGCACCCUCUGGGCGAAGUGCCAGGGGCUCUUUUCCAUAAUCAGGUCAAUCACAGAACAGCCACCACAGAGUCGGCUGUCCCUUGCCUCUACCUCUCUCUGAUUCCGCUCUCUCUUUCUCUAUCACACACAAAGAUGAGAAAAGAGUGUGGAGGUCUGUUCUUGGUGUUUGAGUGAUUACUAAGAGUGUGGCGUCAGAUAAAACACAAGCGUCCUCACCUGACUUAUCAGAGCAGGUGUGCAACGAGUCAGUAUGAUCAAGACAUACUGCCUCCUAAAAGAUGUCAAUGUUAAAUGUGGACUGUACAAGGAAGUUAAGACCUCACAACAAAAAAUAUCCAGAAUAAACUGGAAAUGAAACUCAAAUUCAGAUAAACACUCUACUCAGCAGGUGCAAAAACUGGUGGAACGCUCUGCAGUUUUCACAAAAUCUGAAGGUAAUGGUACAUUUAUUCACCAGAGAAACAACAUCCAAAUAAUUGUACCAAGAACGAACUUGUUUUGCCUUUCAGGUAAAAGCCUUUGGAUGAACCUAAGUUGAUAUUAUAAGUUCAGAGGAAGUGAUUUCUUCUAGCUUAGCAAAAAGGAAGUUAAUGGUAAUUGCAUGUUACCCCUUCAACCCCAACCCACAUAAUCAAAAAAGGAACUGACAGCUGAGAUUGACCAUUGAACAAGCAUAGACCUUCUCACCAAACCUGACACAGAAAAAAAAAACAGACAGAGGCAGCCAUUGGGUUUUGAUUUUUAAGAUGGAAGUUAACAGUAGGUAUUUGCCAUUUAGAAAAUGAAAAAUCUAGCAAGGGAGACUUAAUACUAACAAAACAAAAUACCUUUAACCUACCUCACAGUGGUGCCCAGUGAGGAAGCAAUUUCCUCUGUUCUCUAAAAAGAUGGAGGUCAACAGUAACUUAAUGUCUGGUAAAAACACUGAUCAGGUGUUUGAAAGUGCAGAAAUCAAACCAUUUUGAAAAAAAGUGAAUGGCACAGAAAACUGUACAAAACGAGCAUACUGACAGAUUUGCAAAUAAAGUUUAAAAAUGGUGAGCACAACACAAAAUAAAUGUAAGUUCUCCCUGGGGUUAGACUAUCAAUUACAAGUAAGAGUAGGCUAAAAGCUGGUUGUCAAGUUCAAUAUCAUGCAGUGAAGGACACUGCGCCUGAGCUUGUAAUCAACAGAGCUACCUGAUAGAAAUCCAAACACUCUGGAGGUGUCAACAGUGCAAAGCUAAUGAAUGAAAGGGCUGCUGUGCAAAUAGACAGAUGGAAUUUCUGUCAAGGUAAACUGACUUCAGCACUCUAACAGCAAUGGUAUUUAAAUGAAAAACAAACAAACAAACAAAAAACACAUUUUAUCCUGCAAGGGCAACAAAAGUUACAUGUUUGUACAAAAACUUUCAUUUUUGUCUCGAUUUUUAAAAGCAGGACAAAACGUUGUGAAAAAGGAUGAUUCACAAGAGCGGCUCUUGUUAUGACUACACGUUUUUCUGAAGCAAAAAAACUAACAUAUUUCAAAGGAGGCCACACUUUGUACAAAAAGGCAAGGACAUGUAUGCACAAAAGGAUCAGUUUGAUGAGAUGAGAUGUGAAAAAGUCAGGAAAUAAUGGUUAGGGCAUUGGUUCUCAAACGUUUUUUCCCCAAGGCACACCAAAGGACAAGUAAAAAUCUAAAGGCACACUUACUGUGCCAAAUAAACUUUAUAACAUGUGUUAUCAUUCAUAUCAUGUCAAAUAUCUAUAAAUGUACAUAAUUAUUCACUAAUGCCAAUUUAAAUGUGACAAAGACGACUAUAUUACUCAUGAAAUCUUUAUUAACGGGAUAUUUCAAAGCUUUAUUUGAAAAAUUUAAAAUGAAUUUAAACAAAAUUAAAAAUAGAAAAAAGGAAACCAGAAGAAAUUCAGCACAGAGAACUGUCAAUGCAAGGGAGCUGCACUGUCCAUGGUUCUAACCUACAAAUUAUAAAAUAUAACAUUUUAAAUCUUGAAACAUGUGCCAUUGUAAAUAUUUUUAUGUACAAAUCAGUCAAAUACAUGUGCAUGUCAGAGACAGCAGAUUUUUUUUACUCUUGGUGGCAUUGAGGAGAGGGCCACUAGCAAGUCCUGUUCAACAGAGAGCUGUGAUCUCGUCUUCUUCUUCAUGUAAUCCAGAGUAGAGAAUGCAAUCUCACACCAGUAGGUAGUGGGGAACAGGAGAAGUUGCUUAAUCCUGUGGUUGGAGAUGCUUGGGUACUCCGAUGCAGAUGCUAACCAAAACUGGUCCAUUGGGAGCUUGCUGAAUUUGAGUUUCAGUGUGCGGUCGACGCAGAGUUCUGCGGAUUCAUGGUUAAAUGGGUCUCAGAUCCAGUCAUAGCCCUUGAUGUCAGCCAUGUGUGAAAAAUAGUGCUCACACCUCUCUUUUAAGGUCUGAAGGUGUUAAGCAUAUACAGCGCACUGCUUGUGGCACAGCUGAUGCCAGCAGGAACAGCCCUGGGGCUCAUAAAUCCCUGAAUCUUGUCUGUUGAUGAUAAAAUGUUCUCAUUCUUGCCCUGAAGCUUGGUGUUCAGUUUGUUGAGAUGCCCAAAUACGUCUGCAAGGUGAGCCAGCCUGGCACACUACCACAUAAAGACAUCAGAGCUUGUCCUUAUGUGGGACGACGUGUUCAUGGGAAUAUUCCAAAAGCUUUUCCCGAAGCUCAUAGAGAUGCGAUUUCUUUCGGUUAUGGGUGGUCAGCAGUCUCUGUACUGGUGGUUUGCUCUGAGCAUGAAAGUGCUCCAUUUGCUGUCUUGAGCGUUUCUCUGUUUUAAUGUUAUUUUCUAAUUCCCACCUGCGCAACUAUGCAAACAGCGAAAUAUGUGGUUCUCUUUGAGGAUUUUUUGUUUUUUUAAGAAUUGUUUUUGGGUAUAGAAAUUUCCUCUGUAUUAUGAAAUGAAUGCAUAUGAUAUAGUAAAUUAAAAAAUAACAAUUUUGUGUAAUUGUACUUAUAUUGCAAUACUAAUGUACUGUAUGGUUGUCAUAAAGUCCCGUGGCACAUCCGGACUUGCCUCAUGGCAACAUUCUGUAAAGCUUACCUUAUUUCAAUGUACUGAAGUGUUGUCUCCAAAAUUGAAGGAAAUCAUAAGCUGACAUUCAGCUUUUAUUUCUGCACCCAACCUUGACAGGCUGGUUAAAAAGUAUAAGAACUGAGGUGGGUGAAAACAGAAACUAAUCUCUAUUUUUCGAUCCCACGCAGCAGUCAAGCACUUAUACCUGCAGUUGGAACAAAAAAGUGUCUGUUUUGAAGGAAAAAUCACCACACAACAAAACUAAAGAGGGGGUUGUUUGCCAGUAUAAUUCCCUUUGUGAUCAAGUAUGUGUUUGUAGUAAUUGUUGAUUGAUUGAAAAGUGAAACAACUCAUCAACACCCGCCUUCAUCAGACACUGUCAACAGUGAGAGCAGAAAUUAUUACAGGGAUAUUUCAUCAUUUUAACCCACGGGAAUCAAAAAAAUGAACAAUCCUUUAUUUUUCGCAGCAUGGCUCUAUAUUCCUGCCACCACAACAAACUUGAAAAGUGAGAUAAAGAAGCAGAUAAAGUAAAGGGAAGAGUGUUUUUGGGCAUCACUGACAUCCAUCACCUGUGACCAUUAUCAACUUGACAUGUUUAUUUGUUUAUUUUUUAUUUUUUCAAUGGGCUGGCUCUAUCACAGUCAUUGGGAUACAAGCAACACACAAUAGCAGCCAUCCUCCUCCUUGUCCUAUGAAUAAUCCAUGACCCUGCAGGCUGCAGCAGCAGCAGUGCUGUGAGAAGCUUUCAGUGAAACAAACUGUCAAAACACCAGUGUACAUGGACCUGACUCAAGGUGGGAAAAGCAACGUUUUUGGCAGUCUUAUUCAACACAUUAUUUUAAAAGUUAAUUCAAUGUUUACCACUUUAAACUGUAACAUUUUGGACAUAGAUUCAUCUAACUGAGGGUAAAAGAGGAGUCCAAAUCAAGAUUUGUUUAUUUGUCAUGUGUAUAUUAUAUAUAUAUAUAUAUAUAUAUAUAUAUAGUUGUGAGGCAGGUUCGUAGUGAGGAACCAGAAGCAGACACUGAGACUGAGAUCAACCUAAAGCAAAUUUAAUGUCCGAACAGAAAGGGGUAGAUAAUAUAACAGAGGAUGUCCGGUUGGCUGGUUGGCUGGCUGUCGUGUGGGCUGGAGUUAAUGAACAUGCAAAUAGUCACUAGGGGCAAAGUUCUUGAGCUUAUACCAACGAAGGUUUGGCCAGGAGACGCGUCUUUACCGCUAGGAAAGGUAGACAAUACUCAGGCCCUGAGGCUGAGGUCUGCAGGCUUCUUAAAGUGCCUUGAUUGGAGAUGUGGAGCAGGUGUUGGUCUCACUCAGCCUCAGCGCCGGGGGACAGGAGGAAGCUCUGGAAAAGGGUGAAGCCAGACCAGGCAAACAAGGAAACACAGGAAGUCCAGCCAAAAUAAAACAAGAUGAGGAGGCGUCUCACCACAGUACCCCCCCCCCCCUCCUUAACGAACGCCUCUUGGCGUUCUGCCGGGCUUGUUGGGGUGAGCGACGUAGAAGUUGUCAAGGAGUUGGUGGUCCAGGAUGAGGGAGCGGGAGAUCCAGGAACGCUCCUCUGUACCGUACCCCUCCCAGUCCACGAGACAUUGGAAGCCUCGCCCCCGAGGCCGCACGUCCAGGAUCUUCCGUACAGUGAGGGCAGGGAGGUCGUCAAUCAACCAGGGGGGUGGAGGGGCGACGGAAGGAGGGCUCAGGGUGCACGACGUAACCGGUUUGUUGGAGGAGUGCCCCCACUAUUGGACCUGGGAACGUGCAACCCCAGGGACGAAUCUUCUGUCCAGCGGGCCAGUUCCCGGGUCUGGGUGGUUCCGGAGGGCCUUGUCCACUAUGGUGUCGAUCUCCCAAGAGGUGGAGCCGACAACACAGGAGGAAGGGAGGAUGGUGUCCGGUUCGCUGGGGUCCGGGGUAACCGAGGAGUGGGUCUGAGAGAGGGUGUCUGGUUGGAGGUUGCGGGAGCCGGGACGACAGGAGACGGUGAAGGUGAAUCUGCGGAGGAAGAGGGACCAGCGGGCUUGCCUGGAGUUGAGGCGUCGGGAAGAAAGGAGGUGAUGAAGGUUUCUGUGGUUAGUCCAGAUGAGGAAUGGGUGUUGCGCUCCUUCCAGCCAGUGUCUCCAUCUUUGGAGUGCCCACACAACAGCCAGUAACUCACGGUUUCCCACGUUGUACUGUCGUUUGGUGGGUGAGAAUUUCCGGGAGAAGUAGGCGCAAGGAUGGAGCUUCUGGGUCUCGGUAUCCCUCUGUGAGAGGACGGCCCCCACUCCGGAGUCCGAGGCGUCGACCUCCACCAUGAACUGGAGAGAAGGAUCCGGGUGUCUGAGCACAGGGGGCGAGCGAAGGCAGUGAGAGUGGCAGUGAGGGCUCCAGGCGGAGACUCACGCUGUGGACCAGUAGAUCUGGGGAUUGUGGAUCUGCAGCCACGGGAGUCCAAGCACCAGGGGAGAGUGAGGAGAGGGAAGCAGGAACAGCCGAAUGUCCUCCCGAUGGUAACCGGAGAGGAUGAGGGUGAGAGAAGCAGUGCAGUGGGUGAUAGAGGCUAUCACUCUGCCAUCGAGAGCGGUGACCUUACGGGGGACCGGGAGUUCCUCCAGGGGGAGCCGAAGUCGCGCUGCCAGUCCGGCGUGAAUGAAGUUAUCGUCUACCCCGGAGUCAAUAAGGGUUUGGAGCGACGUGGAGCCCCUUCCCCCAUAGGAGACAGGCAGGAACAGCGAUGCGUCUGGGAGAGCUUGGAACAGAGGAGGUGUGGCUCUUCAGGGUGCCGACUGUCACUGAUGCCUGGCCGUUUGACUUAUUCGGGCAGUAGGACAAAAAGAGACCGGCCUGGCCACAAUAAACACAGCGCUUCAGCUCUAUUUUCCGUCUCCGUUCAUCCGGGUGUAGUUUGGUGCGGCCGAUCUGCAUGGGUUCCUCGGCAGAGGGCGCCGGAUCUGGGAAGACUGAGGGCUGCAGAGGAGACCCGCUGACCGCAACAGAGGAAGGGGAGUCUAUACUAGGGACCAGGGAAUGAGUUUUCUUCUCCCUCCGUCUCUCCCUGAGGCGAUCUAUUCUGAGGGCUAAUGCUAUUAGCUCCUCAAGGGAGGAGGGCUCAUCUCGAGCCGCUAGCUCGUCUUUCAAUUGUUCAGAGAGGCCCGAGUGAAUAUCCCUUUUAACUCUAGUUCCCCCCACCCACUCUCGGCCGCCACUGUACGAUACUCAAUGGAGUACUCCGCCACUGACCGAGAGCUCUGGGUGAGGGAAAACGACCGUUUGGUACACUUGGGGCCCUCGACAGGAAAAUCCAAUAUCUUCUGGAGCUCCUCUGAGAAUAGGGCGUAAGAGGAAAACAUAGGUGAUUCCCUAUCCCAGACGGCCGUAGCCCACUUAGCGGCUCUACCUCUCAAAAGAUUUAUUGUGUAAGCUAUUUUAGAACGAUCUGAGGGGUAACUAAUGGGCUGUUGGUCAAAUACUAAGGCGCAGCGGAGCAGGAAACCUCUGCAGCCCCCAAUCUCCCCAGCAUACGGCUCAGGAGGAGGGACAUAGGGCUCUUUGAGGACAGGAGAGGGUGAAGAGGAGGCCGUACUCACAGAGGGGGGAGACCCAGAUUGGUGCGGGGGUAGCCGGGAGAGGAGUUGAUCUGCCAGUUGCGUUAUUUGAACGGUGAGGCCCUGAAAGGCUUGGUUGAGGCCCUGGAGCAUGUCCUCAUGUUGAUCGAGGCGAAGUCCGAGCUUUUGGACGGCUUGCUGAACUCGGUUGGGGUCUGCUGGGUCCAUCUUCCUGGCCUGAGUAUUCUGUUGUGUGGCUGGUUCGUGGUGAGGACCCAGAAGCAGACACUGAGACUGAGAUCAACUUAAAGCAAAUUUAAUGUCCGAACAGAAAGGGGUAGAUAAUAUAACAGAGGAUGUCCGGUUGGCUGGUUGGCUGGCUGUCGUGUGGGCUGGAGACACUGCAGGAAAAAAACAGAUGAGACAGGAGUUAAUGAACAUGCAAAUAGUCACUAGGAGCAAAGUUCUUAAGGUUAUACCAAUGAAGGUUUGGCCAGGAGACGCGUCUUUACCGCUAGGAAAGGUAGACUAUACUCAGGCCCUGAGGCUGAGGGCUGCAGGCUUCUUAAAGUGCCUUGAUUGGAGAUGUGGAGCAGGUGUGUAGUCUCACUCAGCCUCAGCGCCGGGGGAGGGGAGGAAGCUCUGGAAAAGAGUGAAGCCAGACCAGGCAAACAAGGAAACACAGGAAGUCCAGCCAAAAUAAAACAAGAUGAGGAGGCGUCUCACCACAUAUAUAUACACUCACCGGCCACUUUAUUAGGUACACCAUGCUAGUAACGGGUUGGACCCCCUUUUGCCUUCAGAACUGCCUCAAUUCUUCGUGGCAUAGAUUCAACAAGGUGCUGGAAGCAUUCCUCAGAGAGCUUGGUCCAUAUUGACAUGAUGGCAUCACACAGUUGCCGCAGAUUUGUCGGCUGCACAUCCAUGAUGCGAAUCUCCCGUUCCACCACAUCCCAAAGAUGCUCUAUUGGAUUGAGAUCUGGUGACUGUGGAGGCCAUUUGAGUACAGUGAACUCAUUGUCAUGUUCAAGAAACCAGUCUGAGAUGAUUCCAGCUUUAUGACAUGGCACAUUAUCCUGCUGAAAGUAGCCAUCAGAAGUUGGGUACAUUGUGGUCAUAAAGGGAUGGACAUGGUCAGCAACAAUACUCAGGUAGGCUGUGGCGUUGCAACGAUGCUCAAUUGGUACCAAGGGGCCCAAAGAGUGCCAAGAAAAUAUUCCCCACACCAUGACACCACCACCACCAGCCUGAACCGUUGAUACAAGGCAGGAUGGAUCCAUGCUUUCAUGUUGUUGACGCCAAAUUCAUCCGAAUGUCGCAGCAGAAAUCGAGACUCAUCAGACCAGGCAACGUUUUUCCAAUCUUCUAUUGUUCAAUUUCGAUGAGCUUGUGCAAAUUGUAGCCUCAGUUUCCUGUUCUUAGCUGAAAGGAGUGGCACCCGGCGUGGUCUUCUGCUGCUGUAGCCCAUCUGCCUCAAAGUUCGACGUACUGUGCGUUCAGAGAUGCUCUUCUGCCUACCUUGGUUGUAACGGGUGGUUAUUUGAGUCACUGUUGCCUUUCUAUCAGCUCGAACUAGUCUGGCCAUUCUCCUCUGACCUCUGGCAUCAACAAGGCAUUUCCGCCCACAGAACUGCUGCUCACUGGAUAUUUUUUCUUUUUCGGACCAUUCUCUGUAAACCCUAGAGAUGGUUGUGCGUGAAAAUCCCAGUAGAUCAGCAGUUUCUGAAAUACUCAGACCAGCCCUUCUGGCACCAACAACCAUGCCACGUUCAAAGUCACUCAAAUCACCUUUCUUUCCCAUACUGAUGCUCGGUUUGAACUGCAGGAGAUUGUCUUGACCAUGUCUACAUGCCUAAAUGCACUAAGUUGCCGCCAUGUGAUUGGCUGAUUAGAAAUUAAGUGUUAACGAGCAGUUGGACAGGUGUACCUAAUAAAGUGGCCGGUGAGUGUAUGUAUAUAUAUAUAUAUAUAUAUAUAUAUAUGUAUACUCGGAAGUUGCUCACCAUGCACGGGGGGCUCCACCCUAAGUCCAGUAUCCAGAGGCUAUACACUAAGCGCAAAGAAGGAGGCAGAGGAUUGGUAAGCAUCAGAGUCACUAUCAAAGAUGAAACAUCCAAGCUCCAUGACUAUGUCAGGAAGAUGGCCCACAGAGAUGGAGCACUUAGUGAGUGUCUCAGACAAUGGAAAAUGACAGGUAAGGAGGAACCAGAGGAACCAUCAUGGGAGGAAAAACCCCUGCAUGGGAUGUACCACCGACAUAUAACUAAAGUGGCUGAUAUGAGCAAAUCCUACCAAUGGCUGGACUGAAGGACAGCACAGAGGCACUCAUCAUGGUGGCACAAGAACAGGCCUUGAGCACCAGAGCAAUAGAGGCCCAGAUCUGCCAUACCAGGCAAGAUCCCAGGCGCAGGCUGUGCAAAGAGGGCCCUGAAACAGUCCAACACCUAACAGCAGGGUGUAAGAUGCUGGCAGGAAAAGCAUACAUGGAACGCCAUAACCAAGUAGCCGGUACAGUGUACAGGAACAUCUGUGCAAAAUAUGGACUGGAAACCUUGAGGUCCAAAUGGGAAACACCUCCCAAGGUGAUGGAGAAUGACCUAGCCAAGAUCCUGUGGGACUUCCAGAUACAAACCGACAAAAUGGUAAUGGCCAACCAACCGGACAUUGUAAUCAUAGACAAACAGCAGAGUAAAACCGUUGUGGUAGAUGUCGCCAUCCCAAGCGAUACCAACAUCAGAAAGAAGGAACACGAGAAACUAGAGAAGUACAAGUGAAAAAGGAGAGAUUUACAAAGUGAACGAGUGAUGCCGUAGGGGCUGAGUGUUAAUGUAUAAGAUACGGGAUAAUUCGGUAGGAUAAAUGAGGUAUGAAAAUUGCUAUAUUGCACAUGAUUAAUAAUGGUGUACGGAUGCUGUAUUGCACAUGGUAUUUCACAUCACAGAUUAUAUCGCACAGUUAAGUGGGUUAUUGCACAAAGUAUUGUCCAGUGGUACUGUCAGGACUUGAGUAAGCAAACUGCAUGUGGGUAGUAACUGUUCCUCAGUCUUUUUGUGUGUGCUGGCAGACUCCUCUACCUUCUGCCAGAUGGUAGUAGACAGAAGAGUCUUUGUGCUGGGUGGGUUUUGUCUUUGAUAAUGUCGCGGGCUUUACGCAGGCAUCAGCUGAGGUACAUGUCCUGUAUGGUGGGGAGCCUGCUGCCAGUGAGGAACUCAGCUGUGUGCACUACCCUCUGCAGUGCUUUCCAGCUCUGACUGGUACAGUUCCCAUACCACGCUGUGAUGAAGCCCAUCAGCAGGCUCUCAAUGGUGCACCUGUAGAAAUCUGCGAGGAUUUUAGAGUUUGUUUCAGACUUCCUCUGCAUUCUCAGGAAAUAGAGCCUGCGUCGGGCUUUCUUAACCAGGGUGUCCGAAUGUAAAGUCCAGGACAGAUCCUCAGUAAUGUGGAUGCAGAGGAGCUCAAAGCUGCUGACCUGCUCCACACUGGUGCCAUUGAUAUGUAUAGGGCAGUGCUGGUCCUUGCGCUGUCUCCUGAAGUCUACUAUCAUUUCCUUGGUCUUACUGACAUUUAGAGAGAGAUUAUUCUCCUGACACCAGCUGGUCAGAAAUUUCACCUCGUCCCUGUAGGUGCUCUCAUCGUUGUUGGUGAUGAGGCCCAAGAUGGUAGUGUCAUCAGCAAACUUGAAGAUCACAUUUGAGCUGUGCCUGGUAGUGCAGUCAUGCGUGAAGAGGGAGUAGAGGAGUGGACUCAGGACACAGCCCUGAGGAGCCCUGGUGCUGAAGACUAGUGUGGAGGAGAGUUGACUGCCAAACUUCCCCGCUAGUGGUCUGUUGGUGAGGAAAUCCAGUAUCCAGCAGCAGAUGGACUUCUGCAGGCCCAGGGCAAUGAGCUUUGUGUAGAGUUUUGAGGGGAUUAUGGUGUUGAAUGCUGAGCUGUAGGCAAUAGAUAGCGUCCUCACAUAGGUGUUCACCUUCUCCAGGUGGCUGAGGGAUGUUUGAACAACUAGAGCAAUGGCGUCAUCUGUAGACGUGUUUGCUCUGUUUGCAAACUGCAGGGGUCCAGGGUGUUGGAGAGGGAGGUGCAGAUGUGGGGCUCUAUUUUUGUGUACGCCGGUGAGGCGACAGAGGGUGGCGGACCCCGCGCAGUUGUAUUUUCGUCUGGCGGAGCCCGGUGUACAGCCAGUUUGGUAUUUUCGUGGACUGAGGCGCACGGAGGCGAACCGAGAGUAUGCCGAUUCAAACCUGGUCAGCUUUCAGCACAGGCGGAGCGCAGCUGGUCUAGAGGUAUUUUGGUAGACUGGCGGCGUGUCGGCAUACGUCACCGAUGCCUCACCGUCAGGUUUCCACAGUGUCAGGCACAUCUCAUUGUAAACAAUCAUCAUCAAAAACUCUUAAUUUGAGUUAGCACAUACAUUUAGAUCUAUAUAGAUAUAUUCUGAUCUAGAUCUGAUCUGAUGAGCGCGUUUGGCACGCGUUUGGACACACAACCUGACCGAAUCUACACAGCUGAAACCGCAUUAAAUUAGAGUUAACAAGUUAACAAGAUAUGUGAUUCGUCUCCCUCCUUUUCUUUCUUCCUCUUAUUUCUCACGCAGUUCGACCUGGACAUGUCUCCGUGUCCUCUCUCCGUCCUGCAGCGGCUGAACAGAUGAUUUGUUUCAGUGCUCAGAUGAGUUAUUUACUUUAAGCCUAUAUACGAAUAUUAUAAUAUUCAGUUUUGUGAGCCAAAUUUAUUUUAUAUGCCAACAUCUAUGAAAGAAAGAGUCAGGCCACGGAGCGCAAUGUGUCAUUUACGCACAGAUGGUUCCGACUUUAAUGCCAUUUUUGGAAUUCAUGAUGUGAUCUCUGUGCACAACCCACCUUUGUCACGUGAGGUUUUAAUAUGUGCAACUUUAUGUGAAUGUCUUUAUUUGUGGAAAAGGGUGUUUGUCUUACCAGUGGGUCCAACAUUACACACACCAAAUCCAUCUGUGCUUAUAUGAGAGAGUGUGGAGGAUGCCCAGUGCAGCGCUUACAGUGACACUCGUUGAGGAGCUGCCUUCUGUCGCCAUCGUGUGGCAUUUAUGUCUUCAGACAUCUCUUGAUCUCUUUGACUACUUCAUGAAAAUUGUAAUACGCCUCGCCGGUGGCGGAUUUAAAUGCAAGGAGAGGAGCUUAUGUGACUGGUGAAAACAGGUCUCGGCUGUGUUAAACCCACUCCACGCCCUCUCUCCUCC